UAUGUACUAUAUGGGGUGGGUGCUGAGCACGGUGGGGCUGUGGUCACCUGUAAAUACUCUUAAUUUAAGGGUCGUUAUCCGCUUCGAGAGGAGUUAUCCGAGCUGAGACUGUGAGGCUCCAACCCUACAGCCAGGUUUGACUCUUCUGUGGUUUGACUCUUCAUCGCUGUGUGUUACCGGGAGGAAAGCGUGGCUCCAGCUGCCUUCACAGAGACCUCCAAGAGCAUCUGGACUUCACUGGUUGGUGGAUAAUAAGAUUUGAGGGUGCUUGAGCAUCAAAGUGCUUUCCUCCUCCUCCAAUUGGUACUAGUGAGCAUCAUGAGGUUUCAAAGCGGUUUUAUCUUAUUGUCUGAUGCCUCCCAAAAAGAACCGUACCCGGAAGACUAGAAAGGCAGAGCUGGUAUUCAUUGAGAGUCAGUGGGAGGCACCCAUCCGUUGCUGUGAAACUCCACUGUGUGUGGCUGAAAAUCCAGUAUGUGUUUCUACAAAGCCUGUAGACCACAACACCUUUGCUGCCUGGGUGUGCCCCCAAUUUGAAACAACUAAGUCAUUGGUUCUGAGAGUGUGUCAGAAGAAGCAACGUGGUUCUCACAAGCCUCAGAAUCAGGAUGCCAGCUCUGGCUUGCUUCAUGCAGAGAGAGCUUGUCGGAGAUCUGUGGCCUGCAAAUUUCCUCCUUUAAAUUUUGAGAAUUCAGAAGAACGUGCAGUCCGCUCCACGGAUGUGCUGAGUCACGCAGGAAAGAACACACAGCAUUCUCACGGCCAGUGCAAGAAAGGGAUAGGAUCAAAAGCCAACAUCCAGGUGAAUGGUACUGAGAACUAUAGUGAAACACCAUCAUUACCUGUUUCUCAGCCUACAGAGCCAGAAGUCUUCAGUCCACUAGAUAUGGGGAUGCCACAGUUGCCUUCUUUAAAGAACUGGACAGGUAGCAGCGUUCUGCCACAAAGCAGUAGUUGUGCUGAGUUGGUGUCCAGUGUCAACCACUGUGGGAGCGAGCAAUUGGCAGCAACACUGGUUACGGAUACUCCUGAGCGUGACUAUGGAAUAAAGGUGACCUGGAGACAUCGGCCUCAUCUCCUUAAGUACCUGAGAGACAGAGGGAAGCUGAGCACUGCUGACAUACUGGUGAAGGCAGACCUUGAACUCAAGAAGCCAGGCUGACUUUUGGUUUGGCAAAACAGCCAUUUCACACACAAUAUAAAUAUGGUCUAAUACAAACACAGAAAGUCCUUGAAAAGAGCAAAGAGGGGUAAUAAACGAAGCCAUACAUUGUG